AUGGAUUUUACUCCGACUGCAGUCUGGCCGCUCCCAUCCAUCCCAAAUGCUAUUUUCGCCGACAUUUUGGCUGAUUACAACACUUCUCAACCGUCGGAUACCGACGCAUUCGACACAGGCGUAGAAGAGCGGGACAAAAGUGCGUGUAUCGUAUGCGGGGUUUCAGACCCCGUAGUGCUGCAACACUGUCAUAUCAUACCCCUGGCCGACUCGAGCACUUGGGAGCUCAUGCAAGGUCUACGCUAUAUCCCGAACAACGCUAAAUCAGUUCGUCACGAAUCGCGCAAUGGAAUCCUAAUGUGCUCAAACCACCGUGCAGGCUUCGAGAGCUACCGGUUCUACAUUCGGUGGAUUUCUGAGAGCAACGAAUUCGUCAUCGUCAACCAUUCGCGGAUGGCAGCUUGGGAAUCCUUACACGGCAAUGUGCUUGAUUUCAACACCAAUAUGAAGCGAUGUCCCUUCCCCACCGCCUUCCUCUGGCAUGAAUAUCGUGUUCGGGGCUUUCAUCCCACGUCUGACGACCGUCCUGUGACCUUCAAGAGAGGCGAUCUACGAGGCGGAAGAUUCUAUCGUGUGCGUGAUGGUGCAGGAGAGAGCCCUGAAGGUGCCAGCAGCCGUGAAGCUGAAAAUCACGGUGGAACUGGCGAGCGGGUCGAAGCCGAUUCGAAGGGGAAUGAGGACGCGAAUACGUCGAAUUUUUUUCCGAUGCGUUUGGAGGGCGACAACCUUGCAGCAUGGCUCAAGCAGCUCGGCAACACUCGUCGUGGAAGGACUGCGUGA